AUGGUUGUUGCCAUCGCCGGUGCCACAGGAAGCCUUGGACAAUUCGUCACGGCUGCUAUCCUGAACCCACCCUUCCGAGAAAGUUUUCAAGAGGUUCGCAUAUUGACUCGAAAUCCAAGUACUCACAUCGUCCAAGAAUUUCAAAAAGCUGGCGCAACAGUCAUUCAAGUGGAUUUUACUUCUAAAGAACACUUAGCGGCAGCUCUCAAGGAUGUCACAAUCGUAGAUGUUCUAGGCCAUACAGGAGAUACAAACCGACAGAAAGAUUUACUCUUAGAUGCCGUUGCGGGUUUGGAUUCCAUAAAGUAUUACAUUCCAUCUGAAUUUGGAAUUGAUACGCGUCGAGUUCAAUUGGAGGAUCCAACAAUUGUGUGGAAUCAGAAAAUACAACGCGAGAAGAAGGCAAGAGGUCUUGGAAAGUUUCGGGUCAUCAGCAUUUACAGCGGUUUAUUUCUGGAGGGCACAUUUAGGGCAUGGUCUCAUAUCAUGUCAACUCACGAUUCUCCAAUAGUUGGACUCGAUGUUCAAAAUCAAGUCUUCACUGCGGUGCAAAACGCAGACGUACCAUUCAGCCUGACUUCCAAAGUGGAUAUCGGCUUAGCGGUGGCCUCAAUUUGCUCUCUCGCUAUCAAAGGUACAGGGAAAGAAAUUCCUGAUCAUGUCAUUAUCAGUGGUACUACCACCACUAUCAAGCAAGCCGCAGAAGUGUUUAGUGAGUAUGGCACUGGUCCCCAAAGCUCCGAAUCGGCUGAACAACCUAGCACCAUCUCAAAUAUCGCGGGAAGUGUCACUCCACACCAUUCACACCACCAGUCGAUCAAACUAGAAAUAAUCCCACUUGAGACAUUCAAGGCUGAGCUAGAAAAAUCAGCAGAAAUAAUUAUGCUCGCGUGGUUACGAAUCUGGAUGUCGGACGGAAAAUUGGAUUUUGGAAGUGAUAAUCAUAACAAGCUAGUCAAUCCAAAUUCAGCGUGGAAAUUUACCACAUUGGAAGAAUAUAUCACAAGUGUCAAUGGAAGACCAUUUUGCAGUGAUACUCCUCCAGAUACACGCACAGCAAUGGAACAAAUUCAAGCCAAAAUAGGAUUACCCCCGAUGUUUGUCAGACUGCUGAAAUACCGAAGAUUGAAUUUGGGACCGAUCCAACCUCUUGACCUUGAAGAACAACUUGCGAUUUCUCUUUCCAUUGAAUAG